AGAUGCAGUUGCAAUGGACCUUAACAUCCUCUGCGGAUACAAACGGAGACACGUCCACCGCCACCCACCACCACCUCCCUCCUCCACCCCUCUCCAAUUCUCUCUCACAUACUGAAUUUCUUCAUUGAUUUCUUCUAUACACCUCUGAAUUUCCGAUCAUUCGUCGAAACAAUUACACGAUGCGGUCGUUAUUGCGAUUUAAGCAGCUCAAAAUUUCAACAACGGUUGGUUCUAUCCAAGGCACGUGUUAUUCUUCACACAGGUUAGGUUUUGGUAUUAGGAAUAUUGUCACGAGCUGUAGAGCGGUGGUUUUGCCGCGGUUCGGUGGUGCUGGUGUUCUUGAAGUACGAGAUAAUGUCCGUGUUCCUGAUCUUAAGCCGAAUGAGGUACUCGUUCGAGCUCGCGCCGUUUCGGUUAAUCCUCUCGAUACAAGGAUGCGAGCAGGCUAUGGCCGUUCCCUAUUUGAAUCGCUUCUUCCAUUGGUUUUGGGCCGUGAUGUUAGUGGUGAAGUUGCUGCAGUUGGAGGGUCUGUUCAGACUCUUAAUGUUGGGCAGGAAGUUUUUGGUGCGCUGCAUCCAACAGCUGUGAGAGGUACUUAUGCUGAUUAUGCUAUUCUUGCAGAAGAUCAGCUUACACCAAAACCAUCGACAAUCUCGCACGUGGAAGCAUGCGCAAUUCCUUUUGCUGCUCUGACAGCAUGGCGUGCUCUUAAAAGUACUGCAAGGAUAAGUAAGGGACAGAGGGUACUAGUGGUGGGUGGAGGAGGAGCUGUAGGUUACUCUGCAGUUCAGCUAGCCGUUGCAGCAGGUUGUGCGGUUUCAGCUACAUGUGAAAGAGAAAGCAUAGAUCGUCUUUUGGCAGCUGGUGCCGAACAGGCAGUCGACUAUACCGCUGAGGAUCUGGAAGUGAUCUUGAAAGGGCAAUACAAUGCUGUAUUAGACACAAUUGGUAUAGACCCAACGGAACGACUGGGCAUCAAUUUGUUAAAAAGAGGCGGACAUUACAUGACACUGCAGGGGGAGUCUGCGUCAUUGGCUGAUAGGUACGGUCUGGCUGUUGGCCUUCCUACAGCCACCGCCAUUUUGCUGAAGAAACAACUUCAAUAUCGAUAUUCUCAUGGAAUAGAAUAUUGGUGGACAUACAUGAGGACGGAUGCAGAAGGUCUAGACGAGAUUCGCAGGCUGACUGAAGCUGGGAAGCUGAAGGUACCUGUACAAAAGACAUUCCCAAUUACACAAGUUCGAGAGGCACACGAUGCUAAAGACACCAAGAUAAUACCUGGUAAAGUUGUUCUCGAAAUCGACUGAUAUUUAAACUCCCAUUUCUAAGAAUUAGUUCAUGCAAAAUAAGACAUUCGUUUCCCAAUAUAUAUGCAAUAAUUUACAACCCUUUUGUUGUAUGAAUCCUGGGGUUUGAUUAUAUUUAUGGGUAGAAUAGCAUAGCAUGCCAUUGUAAGAGUACCUCCAACAUAUACAGAGGUGAAUUGUCCAAGUGUAGUUGAUGUAGGACUCUUACACGCCCCCUCACCGGAGCUAGAUGGGCACUUAUUUUCCCAAAGGGGGCCAGGCUAGUACAGAUUGCCCCAAGGUGUCGAGUCUCUAGAGUAGUAGACUUUGGCUCUGAUACCAUGAAAGAGUAUGUGGAACCCAUUAGAUACUCUUCAAAAGAGCCCUUGAAGAGAGAAAUGAAGUUCAAACAUAUAUGAAGGAGAAUUGGUCGAUGUAGAGACUCUUACAAAUCCAUCACAGGUAAAUGGAAAAUUGGA